AAGCAGUCGGCGUCGCACGUGCUCUCGGCGGGACGGGCUUCUUCCUGCAGCGGCUACAGGAUGGCGGGCGGCGGCGGGAAACGCAGGCCUGGCGGGGAGGGGCCGCAGGGUGAAAAAGCAGUCGCCGUGAAGAAGGGGAAAUGCUGUGAAGCUGACGUGCCCAGUGACCUUCGAAGAGAAGUAGAAAGUCGUUACAGGCUUUCUCUGCCUGAAGAUUUCUAUCACUUCUGGAGGUUCUGUGAAGGACUUGAUCCCGAACGGCCAGCCGAUUCACUUUCUGCAAGCCUUGGACUUCGAUUAGUGGGUCCUUAUGAUAUCCUUGCCGGAAAACAUAAAAGGAAGAAGAAGUCAGCAAGCCUGAAUUUUAACCUUCACUGGAGAUUUUACUAUGAUCCUCCUGAGUUCCAGACCAUUAUUAUUGGAGAUGGUAAAACUGAGUUCCACAUGGGGUAUUUCAGGGAUUCUCCUGAUGAACUUCCUGUAUUUGUCGGUACAAAUGAAGCAAAGAAAAAUUGUAUAAUUGUUCAAAAUGGAGAUAAUGUGUUUGCUGCAGUCAAAUUAUUUUUGAUGAAAAAACUUAAAGAAGUAACAGAUAAAAAGAAAACUAGUCUCUUGAAAACCAUAGAUGAGAAACUCACAGAAGCAGCCAGAGAACUGGGGUUCUCACUGGAACAGAGAACCGUGAAGAUGAAACAGAGAGAUAAGAAAGUCGUGACAAAGACCUUUCAUGGAGCAGGCCUGGUUGUCCCAGUAGACAAAAAUGGUGUGGGAUACCGAGAACUCCCUGAAGCCGACGCCAGUCUCAGGAGAAUCUGCAAGACGAUCGUGGAGGCCCCCAGUGAUGCUGAGAGACUCAGAGCUUUUGCUCCUGUUCAGGAAAUGAUGACUUACGUGCAGUUUGCUAAUGACGAGUGUGAUUACGGGAUGGGGCUGGAGCUGGGGACGGACCUCUUCUGCCACGGCUCCCACUAUUUUCAUAAAGUUGCUGGCCAGCUUUUACCUCUUGCAUAUAACCUGUUGAAGAGGAAUCUGUUUGCAGAAAUUAUUGAAGCUCACCUGGCAGACAGGAGCAGAGGGGACGUGGACCGGCUUGCAGCGUGAGUGGGAGGUGCCUCUCUCUGGCGCACAGUGUGUCAGAGCUUCAGUAUGAAACGGGAUGUUUUGUUUUCAAGGAGUACAGCAAAUAAAUGGACGGGAACAUUGCUAAAAGCU